UCCUGGAUUCCGCGAAAUUGUUACUCUGCAAAGAGAACACAGCUCAGAAGUAGAGCAAGUAAGAAACAUAUGUCUGUGAGUAAGAGAUAAAGCCGAACAAGCUGAGGAAUGAAUUCUCUAUAACCUACCUGCCAGGCAGCGGUGUAAGCUAUACGUAAGGAUGUGUUAAACAAAUUACGAAAAUAAGUGUUUACACGUUUUAAGUUUGAUGGUUUUUAUUUUUUGUUUUAAAGGAAUGUAUAUUACCUGCUGUACUUUUAAAACCGGCCGCAUUAAAGUAGACACGUGCUUGGUCAUAUUGCAGAUCGGUAUGUACCUCGUCUUAUAAAAAGCAAAGGGCAGUCAUAAAACGUACCGUUUACACCUAAGCAACAUUCAGAAUAAGGAUUAUUGUUUAUUUGACAGAAGACGUAUGUAAACCUAAACAAAUCUGAGUGAGCUCGCCAUUGGGAUCAUUGGAUUUUGUGCUUCUAAUAAAAUAACAGGAUGUCGGACGUUGAUUUAGCAGCAGAAUGCUUGGUUUCCAUUUCUAACCGAGCAGCUAUGCACAGUUGCCCUGACUUGAUUAUGUCUGAAGAUGCAGCCUCAAAAGAUACCAAAGAAAAUGGAACUUUACUCAUGGUCGCUAUGAUUUUGCUCGACUUGAAUAAAUGUAAGCCGCUUUCACACAUCUGCAGCAUUACUACUAGUCCCAACAGUACAGCUGCCAGUUGCUCAAGUGAUAACGAGGUAGAAGAAAGCGACACCAGCAGCGAAACCGAAGUCAAGGGUACUACCAGUGAUGAUAAGUACGACUAUGGAAGUAAAGAGAAAUCGAUCAAUCUAAAACUCAACAGCGGCAGCCGAGGGAAAAUUAAAUUGACUUGUGAAAAGAGACACCUCUGCCCGUACUCUGGCUGUGGGAAGUUGUAUGGGAAGUCAUCUCAUUUGAAGGCUCAUUUCAGAGUGCACACUGGUGAAAGACCCUUUCCAUGCACAUGGCCCGACUGCUCCAAAAAGUUCUCCCGCUCAGAUGAACUGACCCGGCACUACCGGACCCAUACUGGGGAGAAACGGUUCAGCUGCCCGCUUUGUGAGAAGUGUUUCAUGAGGAGCGAUCACUUAACGAAGCAUGCCCGGCGCCACGCAGACUUCAACCCCAGCAUGAUUAAAAAGGCCGGCUGGAGGGCACACUCUUCUGCCUUUUUGUCUUCAGAACCUGGAGUCUUUUACCAGGCAUCAAAAAAACACUGAUUGUGAUCUCCUACAGAAAAAAAAGUGCCUGGUAAACUCGCCACUAAUAUUGUGUAGGGGAAGCUUUUCAACUUGAAAAUGCCACAUUGUAGUAUACAGUUUCAUUGCUGUGUUUACCUUUAAUACCCUAGUCGCGAUUGAAGAAAUAACCAGGUAAUCCUGAUGUGACUGAAGCCCCUAGUUCUGAGCAAGAACUUAUUUUCUUUAUGUUAUCCUUUAGAACAGCUUGUUAAGAAUCUAAUCUUAAAGGGUCUUUGCCAUGGAUAUACCAGUAGGUUUUGUUUUUGUGUUUUGUCAACAGGUUGUUGAGAUUCCAGGGGGAUUGCAAGUUUUUCAAACUUUUAAUAUGGAUUUCCCAGUCAAGGCAUUGACAAUUUUGAAAAGAGGCAUCUGUCUUCAUUCAACCAUUCAUAUAACAAUGUGAAUCAAUACUUUGAAUCUCCCCCAAAACUUUCACUCAGAGCAUAGUGGCAUUAAUUUAUGAUUUUCCCUUUUUUUUUUUUUCUUCCUUGGGCAUGGCGUUUUUGAGAUGUGUGCUUGGAGAAAUUUUUAGAAAAUGUUCAUACAAAAGUUGUAACAUUUUAGGAAAUCUGUGUAACAAUUUACAGGCAUAUUCCAGAAGCCUGAAGUUUGGGAAAAUAGAUACAAGAAGUUUUGUUGCAUUGAAAAGAUGUAGCUUUAUUGCUUAAUUGACUUUUCGAUCCUAAAGCAAUAGAAUAUAUGGACAUUUGUAAAUGUAAUAAAAAGUGGGAUUUUAUUACAUUUAGUAUUACAACUGUUCAGCGUCAAAACACUUACAUCAGACUUCUAUGGUAAAACUAAGACAACGAAGUAAAACCAUGUUAAGACAUUGUUCUCAUUGACUCUAGUUUUUCUUAUUAUUAAAACUGUACCACCCUUUUGAUAAUUAUUUAAGCGUAGUGUGUGUAAUGUAUAAUGAUUACAGUGGCACAUUCACCAUGACACACUGCAGUAAAAGUGUCUCAGAACCAGUCGUGCAAUGAAAGCCACUCCGUAUUGGAGCUGGCAACACAAAAAAAUGACCACAGACUUGUUCAGUGAACAUGGAAAUUAUGUUUUAUUUUAAACUAGAAUAACCACAAAUACUUAAUGCUGAUCAUCAGUAGUAGUUUGCAAUGCUAAAUGGUUAUUAACCCCAAGAUCUUAAAACUUGAAUUGUUGAAUCAGAUGGUUGCAGUACGGUUAUAUUCUGACCACCAAGGUGCACUGUAUGCAACUAGAGUAAAAUGCUUUCCAAAUUAAAAGGGACAGAGUGUGUCCUGAAAGGUGAAAUUGCCUUUUAUGGCCACUGGCCACAAGGAAGGAGUUUACAGUCCCACAACUACUGCACAGAUUAUUUGAAUGGAGCUCUCCACAGAAAUCAGGUGCUGAUAAUCAUUUACCAUUCAAAGUGAAACAAAUGAAGAAACAGCUGCUUUGAUUUGUGUUGAUUUCUGCUUGUUGUAGACUCUGGAGAACUGCUAUCUACACAAAUCAAGUUUGUUCAGUUGAUUCACUUUGAAUGGCAAAUUAGCCUAAUCAACACCAAUGUCAGCACAACAUAGACUCUGAAUGUAUUGAAAACAUCCUGACACUGUCAAGUUAUCAGAACUAGAGAAAGGGUUACUUGUAGAUGGCCUUGCAUUUAUGGGUGUGCCCAGUUUUUGAAUGUUUGAAGGCAACAGCUUUUUCCUACGUGAGAAUGUUUUUUACAAGUCUGUCAAAAAAUCCUUAGCCCUGCCAGCACAAUCCAUCCAUGUGCUGCAUGCUUCAACUUUUUCUUCACACUGCUAAAUUUUGUUUAUGUACUUGUAUAUUUUAUAUUGUAUAUUUUUUGUACUGUGGUUAAUAAUGUAUGUUGAAUGUUUGUUUAAUAGACAAACUGUUCUCCUACUUUGUUUUGUAUGUAUGAUAAAACACAAUCCUUUAUUAAUUGAACAUGUCAUUGCAUUUUAUGCUUGUUGCAUCCUGCAUAAUAUAUUUGGAAACAAAUAUGGCUAAUUAUGGUGUAUAUUAAUUUCAUUGGUUGGUUGGAGGGGGGUAUUUAAUUAAGUGCAUGUUAAAAUAUUUCUGGGGAAUAUAAAAAGAAAAACAGUACUAUAAAACCUUGGUAUGCAUUGUAAUUGUCCUGUACAUAGAUACAUUUUAAAACAAAUAUUGUACUGUUAACUUGUGCUCUAAAGUCUAUCCAGCAGACUAACGUAUCAAUGCAAUAAUGUUAUUUUACUCUAUGUUAAUGUAUGCUGCUAUUAAUCUAGUAACACUAUUAAAAUGUCUAUGUACCACAUAAUAGCUUUUGUUAUUAAGUUUAACUUAAAUGAGUGGCCAGCUUUGUGGAUUAUUUUUCAUUUUUCAAACUAAAUCAAGUUGCAUUCAUACUUGUGCCUUUGCAAGAAAUGUUUACUGUCAUAGUUUUCAGAUAGCAGAUCUUUGUCAUUACGUAAUUUAAAAAGGAACAAUAUUUUUUUCCCCCAACAUACUUGAAAUUCUAUAAUUUAAAAGCAUAUGACUUGAUUUGCUAAGGCCAGGGAUACACAAGCAACUUUUUCUUGGUAACUCAAAUGGACCGUUUUUCACAAGUUGAGUUGUCAACACGUUUUCGAUUGUGAAUCAAGUUGCUGAAAUAGACUACUGUUCUAUUUUCAGCAAUUCAGUUGACAAUUUAUCUACAUGCCUGUCUGUUUAGCCAAUGAUAUUGCAUUAUCUAAUCACCCGAUUUUACUCUCAGUUUUGCCAAAUAGGAAGUAUGGCUACAGACAAGUGGAUGCAUGAGGGCACUUUACAAUUGAUCCCCUGCAUGCUAGAAAAUGUUCAUGGGACGUUAGAUGGGCAGAAUAUAAAGACUGCAAUUAAAAAAGACAUUAGCAAAUAUGUUCGGAGGUAAAAGACAAACUGUUGCGAAAAAACUGGGAGAUUACCAGACGCUCCAGCAGAAAUCGCCCCCCUCAUAUUUGUAUUUUGUCUUGCAGUGAUCGGACUCAAGUCAAUAAAUCUUAAUAUGUCGACAGGGACAUACAUAAAAAAAUGAUUUAAUCCUGCAGGAUCCUCCAAAUGCAGUUCCUGCAUCAAAGCAUCAAGUGCUCCAUGCCUGUUUCUUUCAAGUGUUUCUACGCCAACGUCUUUUCAAAAUUAUUCCAAUUACAAUAGCAGCUGCUGAAACAUGUUUACUGCAAACAGACGCCAUCUUAAAAUGACUUAAAAUAAUUGUCAAUUUUCCAGUGUGCAUAUGGCACAUUUAGCAACAGCAAUUCAGUUGUCAUUUUUUUAGGAAUGUCCCUGUAAUCUAAACAUGCAGGCAUCAGGUGCGAGAGAUUUUCAGUUGAUUGUUCAUGUGCCAUUUCCAUUUAAAGAGGUUUUUCCACUCUAUUGUCUUUGUUUGAACAGAACAUGUAAACCAAGAAGAGCUACAGACUGGUGCAUCCCAGCAUGUAAUGUAUAUAAAAGUGUGUGUCCGACUUUAUUAUGAAACAAUAAAUAACACACUGUCUUAACAGA